UGCUUUUCUCUCUGACAGGCCCCCACGCAGUGCUUUGUGCCGUGCCUUCCUUGAACAUACAUACCUUGUCCCAGCAUCCUUCCCGUCCUCCCACCCCGGACAGACAUGUGCUGGUUCCGGGCCGAUCUGGUCGCGGCUGCGGUGGUGGCCUUGGCUGCCGCAACGGCAACGGCAUCGGCAGCGCCGGCAGAAGCUGUGCUUGCCACCUCCGCUGCCACUCCGUCUGCCCCUCCGGCUGCCGCUACGUCUGCCGCGCACUGCAGCUUGAGUGACCUUGAGAAACAGCUCUCGGGAAUCGAGAUCUACCUCCCUGGGAGCGACCAAUUCACCCAGUACUCCGCGAGGUGGUCGAACGUGGGGGCCCCCAUCGUCAACGUCACGGUGCUUCCCGCGACCGAGAACGAUGUGGUGCAGAUCGUCAGCUUUGCCAACAAGUGCAACAUCCCGUUCCUGGCCUACAAUGGCGUGCACGGCUCCAUCACCACCUUGGGCCGGAUGAGCUGGGGCAUCGACAUCAACCUCAGCCUGCUGAGCGGCAUCACCAUCGCUGCCGACGGCCAGACGGCGACCAUCGCCGGCGGCACCAACUCCAAGGUCGUCGUCGACACGCUGUGGGCCGCGGGGAAGCAGACCGUGACCGGAACCUGCGAGUGCGUCAGCUACAUGGGGCCCGCGCUUGGCGGCGGCCACGGCUGGCUGCAGGGCCGCCACGGCCUCGUCGCCGAUCAGUGGGUGUCCAUGAACAUCGUGCUCGCCAACGGCACGCUCACGACCAUUGACGCCAACUCGGACCUCUGGUGGGCCGUCCGGGGCGCCGGCCACAACUUCGGCAUCGUCACCUCCGUCACCGUCAAGAUCUACCCGCGCGUGUACACCAACUGGGCCAUCGAGACCAUCACCUUCACCGGCGACAAGGUCAAGGCGGUCUACCAGGCCAUCAACGACUACCUCCUCCGCAACGGCACACAGCCCGUCGACGUCACCAACUGGUCCUACUGGUUCAACGACCCGGCGGUGGACCCCAACGGCCCCGUCAUCCAGCUCUACAUCAUCCAGGAGGGCGUCACGGCCGUCGACCCGACCUACACGCAGCCCUUCCACGCGCUCGGCCCCGUCUCGGUGGUGCCCGACAACGGCACGUACCUGGACCUGGCCGGGUGGGUGGGCAUCACGCUGGCGUCGCCGCCGUGCCAGAAGGCCGGCCUGGCGAACCCGCGCUUCCCCAUCUACCUGCGGUCGUACAACGCGACGGCGCAGCAGGCGGUCUACUCGGCCUUCGCGGCGGCCACCAACGCCUCCUCGCCCUUCGCCAACUCGCUCUUCAUGUUCGAGGGCUACCCGACCGAGGGCGUGCGCGCCGUCGACCCGGACUCGUCCGCCUACGCGUUCCGCACCGACAACGACCUGCUGAUCGCGCCCCUGAUCCAGUACACGCCCGCCGGCCCCGACCUCGAUCGUCAGGCCGAGCAGCUCGGCAACCAGCUGCGCAACAUCCUCCUCGCCGGCAGCGGCAGCGCGCAGCUGAACACGUACGUGAACUACGCGUACGGCGACGAGCAGCCCCAGGCCUGGUACGGCUAUGACCAGUGGCGCUUGGACAGGCUGAAGGCGCUCAAGGCCAAGUAUGAUCCGCACAACCGGUUCGGUUUCUACGCGCCCGUGGUUUGAGGGCGGUUAAGCGGGUUGGGUUUACACUAAUGACCGAGUAAUGCUUAACGCUACCCAUGUAACUAGAAGCAUGAUGGGGGCGUGGCCCAGCUCCCGGGCACCCUCGUGGUGUUCAGGUGCUCAUAAUUGAUGAUUACGCUUCCCGUUUACGCUAUCCAGUGCUGAGGUUUCAAAACAAUUACGUCAACCAUCUGCAACGAAUGAGCCCGAGUCCAAGGUUAAUUGCAAACCGCAAGAUCCUCUCCCGUCCAAGCCCACUACGGCCUCUUUCUCCCCAUGCUCGCCCCUGUAAACCACUCGUGCGGUUCGGAGUGUUGAGAGGAGUUAGUCCUCGCCCUCAUAGUACGGAUAUGCCAGGUCGCACUCCG